AAGACAAACCAACCGCUAAAACCAAAGGGUAUUAGCCUCAAUUGAGCUGAUAGGUCAGAUACUCUGCAUUGUCUUCACUCUCUCCCUCCCACACUGGAUUGUUCAAAGCAAAAUGAUUUGAGUGAUACAUAACACGUUUCUAGAUCUCUCUAGUCUCCAUUAACAAAAUAGCAUAUUCUUCUAUCUUCUUCUCAAAGCAAUCCAUCUUCAAUGGCAGCUUACAUAAUUAUACAAGAAUAUAUAUUGAUAGGUAACCACACUUCUACUUUCCAUCGUUGUUUCAAUAAAAACUCCAUACAAUCAUAGCAACUUUCAUUCCAUUUCUUUCUUGUUUUUCUCACUUUUUUCAAGUACCCAAUUGAUAUUAUUAGUAAUUAUCAUGAUUUAUUCAUCAAUUUCUUCUGAAAAUCCAUGGAUAUCAUCACUGUCAAUCACCCCAAAACCCCCACCAAAAAAGCAACCUCCUUUCCAGCGAAACCCCAUCCUUUGUUUUCACCGCCUAAACCCAGCAGGACCCAUCCAACCCAAAACCCAGAUCAGAAACCCAAUCCUGCCAAACCCAGCAACUCAAAUUAUUUACAGAAAAUCCAGGAGAAGCAGCAGCCAUGAGGAAAGGAGAGGCUUUCGAUUUCCCCAACUGGGUAGGCAGCAAAUGUUGUUUCUGUGUGGAUUUGGGUACUGGAUGCAGGGUUUCAGGUGUUUUCCAUGGUUGGCUCUCAACUUCCACAUGGCCCACAAUCUGCAAAUGGAUCCUUCCACAUUGCAGCUUGUGCAGCAUUCUGCUAACCUUCCCAUGGUGGCCAAGCCCUUGUAUGGAGUCCUCUCUGAUGCUCUUUACAUUUCUGGUGCUCAUAGAGUUCCUUAUAUCUCCAUUGGAGUUCUUUUACAGGUCUUGUCUUGGGGGCCAAUGGCGCUGAUCCCUGUUGCAGCUCGAGCAGUUCCUACCCUCAUGGCAUGCGUUCUUCUGAGUAAUCUCGGAGCGUCCAUUAUGGAAGUAGCACAGGAUGCUCUUGUUGCAGAGUAUGGCCAAGAAAAAAAUAUGACUGGCCUCCAGUCUUAUGCAUUCAUGGCAGCAGCUGCUGGUGGAAUUCUUGGUAACUUAAUAGGUGGAUAUUUCUUGAUGAAAACACCGCCCAGAACCAUGUUUCUCGUAUUUGCAGUUUUACUUUCCGCUCAGCUUGCAAUUUCAUUGAGAAUACGAGAGGAAUCUCUCGGUUUACCACAAUUGCCAGAUAACAGUCUUAUACGAAAACCAAUCUUUGAAAGUAUCAGAAAACAAUUUUCUGAGCUGCAGAUGGGAAUUCAAGAGGAAAGUAUUGCUCGCCCUCUUAUUUGGAUUGUAGCUUCUAUUGCCAUGGUCCCAGUCCUCUCAGGUUCCAUCUUCUGCUACCAAACACAAUAUCUACAUCUCGAUCCUUCAAUCAUUGGCAUGUCUCGAGUGAUCGGCCAGUUGAUGCUUCUUUCCACUGCUGUACUUUAUGACCGUUAUUGGAAAAAAGUUCCGAUGAGAAAGUUGGUUGGUGUUGUUCAGCUGGUGUAUGCCUUUUCCCUUCUUCUUGACCUUGUUUUAGUGAGACGGAUCAAUGUCAGACUGGGGAUUCCAAAUGAGGUGUUUGUUCUUUGUUUUUCGGGGUUAGCAGAGACUAUUGCACAGUUCAAGAUCUUGCCUUUCACAGUACUAUUUGCUAAUCUGUGUCCUCAGGGAUGUGAAGGAUCUCUAACUUCUUUCUUAGCAUCAGCCCUGUGCUUAUCGUCGAUAGCUAGUGGGGUUUUAGGUGUUGGACUGGCUUCUCUGAUAGGAAUAACGGCAGGCAACUACUCAAGCCUGCCCUUUGGGAUUAUGGCACAAUUCCUUGCUGCUUUAUUGCCUUUAGGAUGGCUUUAUAUUUUACCCAUGUCAGAAGGUGUCGUUAGGCAGGAGAGGAAGAGAGGUUUCAGUAGAAGAAGUCAGAAAAAUAGAAGGGUCGGUCGAGUAGUGUAUGGUUCAGUAUUUAUCUACAGACGUGAGAGAGAAUCAGAGGGAGAAGAGUGAAAGAACAACUUGUACGAUUGCAUUCUAUUUCAGAUAGCAAGAGGUUUGAAAAUGAAAGCGUGUGUACCUGAGGGAGAAUCUGUAUAUUUUGGAGAGAGCCGGGGGAGUGGAGGAUAAGAAGAAGAGGACUCUAGGAUUGCCUUAGUGGUGUUCAUUUUCCUUGUACACUCAGACGACUUAGAAGGCGGAAGUUGUUGCCUCAUGUUAAAUUGUGCUUACCUGUCAGAAAAGUAAUCAGUUUGUCAUAAUACAGGUUUAGUAAGCGCAAAUGUACAUGUCAUCGGUGUUGGGCUCUUGCCACAGGACGAAGAGGGAACGGAAGAAAUGAAGAGUUGCGGAGCUAUGAGGUACUUGAUGUCCGACUAAAAUCUCCCAAGAGCAAUGAGGCAUCUCUAGUAAAAUUGCAGUGAAAAUCGGAAGAAAAUGUGUGCAAUGCAGUGAAAUUGGAAGAGCAUCGAAUAGAAAGCCAGGAAAAGGCAAAAAAUAGAGAGCCCGAUCGAUCGGUACUCUGAGCAAAACUGUCAAGACCGUUCGUCGGUGAGGCACAUAAUAUUUCGGAUAAAUAGGGGAUAAGACUCGGGCGAACUCUAGCCUCCUACUUCCUUUUCUAUAAAACUAGGAGUGUCUUGUUUUGUUGGAGAAAAGAAGAAAAUGACAUGACAUUCUGGGAUGAGGAUCUUUGUGAGGAUUCUCACAUCCUAUCCGUUCAUUGUAUAUUGUGCGGUCAGCUUUCAUUACGUACUGUUUGUAUUUAAUUUUAAAUAUAAAAAAAAUUCAAAUAUGUAUGAUGAACGAAUGUGAGGAUCCCGGAAGGGAUCCAAAUC